GUAUUGGCCUCCUCUUUGGAGGCUAGCGUGUUCGAGCAGCAAGCGAGGGAACGGGUGCUUCGCUUGCCGGGGCAAUCCUUCGACGUUAGCUUCGCCCACUACUCCGGCUACGUGACCGUCAACGAAGAGGCCGGAAGGGCUUUCUUCUACUGGUUCUUUGAGGCCACCGAGGAACCCGCAUCCAAGCCCCUCGUACUUUGGCUCAAUGGAGGACCCGGUUGCUCUUCUAUUGGAUUAGGGUUGGCUGAGGAAGUGGGGCCUUUUCACGUCAAUGCAGAUGGGAAAAGUCUCUAUCCGAAUCCGUAUUCUUGGAAUCAAGUGGCAAAUAUACUGUUUCUGGAUUCUCCUGUUGGUGCCGGCUUUGCCUAUUCAAACAAUUCUCAAGAUGUAUUGACCAACGGAGACAAAAGAACUGCAAAAGAUAAUUUGACAUUUUUGAAGAGGUGGUUCAAACGUUUUCCCCAAUACAAGGGACGAGAUUUUUAUAUAACUGGAGAAAGUUAUGCAGGGCAUUAUGUGCCGCAAUUGGCUCAAGCUAUUGUUAAGUCCCAAAAAUUAACAGGAACGAAAUCAAUUAACCUCAAGGGAUAUAUGGUGGGAAAUGCUCUGACUGAUGAUUUUAAUGACUAUCAUGGAGUUUUCCAAUACAUGUGGACGACUGGCUUAAUUUCAGAUCAAACAUACAAGCUGCUCAACAUUUUCUGUGACUCCCAGUCAUUUGAACAUCCGUCGUCUGAAUGCCAAAAGAUUCUUGACAUUGCUAGCAACGAACUUGGGAAUAUUGACCCAUACAGUAUCUUUACUCCUUCCUGUACUGGAAGCUUCACGCUCUCAAAAAAUAAAUUACUGAAAAGAUUGCAUUCUGCUGGAAGAAUAGGCAAAAAGUAUGAUCCGUGCACUGAGAAACAUUCUAUGGUUUAUUUUAAUUUGCCCGAGGUCCAAAAAGUACUCCAUGUUAAUCCAGCAUUUGCUCCUUCUAAGUGGGUAACUUGCAGUGAUUUUGUGGAUAAGAACUACAAGGAUUCUUCAAGGUCAGUGCUGCCUAUUUACCGUGAGCUUAUAAGCCAUGGGCUUCGCAUCUGGAUGUUCAGUGGAGACACAGACGCCGUUAUUCCAGUUGCAUCAACACGGUAUAAUAUUGAUGCACUUAAGCUUCCUACGGUGACCCCAUGGCAUGCUUGGUAUGAUGAUGGUCAGGUCGGUGGAUGGACUCAAGUAUACAAAGGUCUCACAUUUGUGACUGUGAGGGGAGCUGGCCAUGAGAUUUCCCUGCUUCGACCAAAAUCAGCAUUAGUUCUUAUCAAGGCAUUCCUGUCUGGGAAUCCAAUGCCUACUACCCUGCCCGAGCUUGAUGAUUCCUGAGCUCUCCAUACAACUUGGCUGCCAUCGUGGAAGAUGCUCCGGUUUCAGCUAAACCAGCACGAGAGCGACAAGGAAAGAAAAAUUAAUUUACCUAUGAAUCUCGUGUUAUUUGGGAACAUACCGAAUUAUUCUGCCAGUUAUUCGGAAGAUUAUGCGAGCAAAAUAAAGGUUUUUAUCAUUCUUGA